UUCGAUAGUAUUGAAUCGGUGCCCGUCAACAAUAUCGCCGAGGUCAUUAAGAUCAUUGCCGAGCUCAUCAAGGCGUUUGUAAACAUCGCCGAGGCCAUUGCCGAGGUCAUUGGCGAGGCCAUCAAGGCGUUUGUUAACAUCAUUGCUGAGGUCAUUAAGGCGUUUGUUAACAUCACCGAGGCCAUUGCCGAGGUCAUUGGCGAGGCCAUCAAGGCGUUUGUUAACAUCAUUGCUGAGGUCAUUAAGGCGUUUGUUAACAUCACCGAGGCCAUUGCCGAGGUCAUUGGCGAGGUCAUCAAGGCGUUUGUUAACAUUAUUGCCGAGGUCAUUAAGGCUUUUGGUGAGGCUCUCAAAAGCGUCAAGAGCUCUUUGAUCCUAGAAAAGAAAGAUUUUAUUUUAAUAUUAUGA